UCUUGCUGCGUUAAAUAAUUGCUCUAUUUAUGUGCAUUUGGGUGAGAAUUUCGGUAAAAGUACAUACACCGGCUAACUGUUAGCGUAUCUAUUGAGCGUGUACGUGAAGCGAACGAACCACAGCUACUAUGUCAGACAUUGACGACGAUUUCAUGUGCGACGACGAUGAUGAUGAUUAUGGAUUGGAAUACUCCGAAGACAGCAACUCGGAACCGGAUGUUGAUUUGGAAAAUCAAUACUACAACAGCAAGGCGCUGAAAGAGGAAGCUCCACAGGAUGCGCUGAAAUCGUUCCAGAAGGUGCUAGAUCUGGAGAAUGGCGAGAAAGGCGAAUGGGGCUUCAAGGCGCUCAAACAGAUGAUAAAGCUAAACUUUAAGCUGCAAAACUACCAGGAAAUGAUGGCACGCUACAAACAACUCCUGACGUACAUAAAGAGCGCAGUAACGCGAAACCAUUCAGAGAAGUCGAUCAAUUCGAUUCUGGAUUAUAUUUCUACGUCCAAAAAUAUGGAACUGUUACAAAAUUUCUAUGAAACUACGCUGGAAGCUUUGAAGGAUGCGAAAAACGAUCGGCUAUGGUUCAAAACCAACACCAAACUAGGCAAGCUGUACUUCGACCGGAAUGAUUUCGGGAAGCUGCAGAAAAUUCUCAAACAGUUACACCAAUCCUGCCAGACUGACGAUGGUGAAGACGAUCUGAAGAAGGGCACACAGCUACUCGAGAUUUACGCGCUGGAAAUUCAAAUGUACACGGUACAGAAGAACAACAAAAAGCUGAAGGCACUGUACGAGCAGUCGCUGCACAUUAAGUCUGCCAUUCCGCAUCCGCUGAUUAUGGGUGUGAUUCGGGAGUGCGGUGGCAAGAUGCAUCUGCGGGAGGGUGAGUUCGAGAAAGCACACACGGACUUUUUUGAGGCGUUCAAAAACUACGACGAGUCCGGAUCGUCCCGCAGGACGACCUGCUUGAAAUACCUUGUGCUAGCGAACAUGCUGAUGAAGUCCGGCAUCAAUCCGUUCGAUUCGCAGGAAGCGAAACCGUACAAGAAUGAUCCGGAGAUUCUGGCCAUGACGAAUCUGGUGAUGGCGUAUCAGAACAAUGACAUCAUGGAGUUCGAGGCGAUCCUGCGCAACAACCGGAACAACAUUAUGGCGGAUCAGUUUAUACGGGAGCACAUCGAGGAUUUGCUGCGCAACAUACGUACGCAAGUGUUGAUAAAAUUGAUCCGACCGUAUACAAAGAUUACGAUUCCUUUCAUAUCGAGCGAGUUAAAUAUUGAACCGGCCGAAGUGGAAAGUUUGCUUGUUUCCUGCAUACUGGACAACACGAUCCAGGGUCGUAUCGAUCAGGUAAACCAAGUGCUGGAAUUGAACAAAGAAGCCCGUUGCGGCGAACGAGAUAUUGCGAUCGAGAAGCUGGCCACGCAGAUUAAUUCCGUACAGGCGGCUAUUAUCAACAAGAUGGCCUGAAAUCAGGAUUGCUAAAGAAGUGAUCAAGCUCGAUGGAUGGUGGCUGUAAAAGAAAAACCAGAUAAUGUUCUCCGUCGUAUUGCAAGUGAUGAACCAAUGCAGUAAGGAUCGCGAACACUGAAACACGUUCACGCGCGAGAAAAGACACGUAAACACGUACUGCGAGUAGUACAGCUUUAACAUUUAGCAUCGGCUGUAAUUCAAAGCAUAAGAAAUAAUCUCGUUGUGCACCACCGCAUUUGUCGUGUUUUCAGCGUAUGUUUUAUUGCUGGUAGUUGUCCGGGUUUGGCUUAACGAUUUUAAAUGAUAUUCAUUUCUUUGUGCUCGAAUAUCAUGGAUUAGGGAAUAUUGCAGGAAGAGAGCACUAAUGCAACGGUGAGAUAAGUGGCACAAUAUACAGAGAUACGAUCGAAUUAUGCCUGCAGGUGAAAUUGAACUUAGCAACGCACGCGAGUGCGUGUACAUCGACAGGGAGAAUGUGGAAGAUAAACAAUAAUUGAGGAAUAAACCCGCAAAUACUGA